CAGAGGAAGCGGCCCAGCAGCAGCAACAACAAGAACUAAGCCAACAGUUACGUUGGACACGCCUUUGUAUACAGCAGUAGCGACUGCAGCAGCCGUGGUCAAGCGGCGUUCCAACAAAAAAGCCGCCAGCAGCAUCCAGAGCCGGGACGUGGGUACGGGCACGGAAACGGGCACAGGGGCUGCGUAUAUUAGCUGGCACAGCAGCCAUUGCCACCGCAGCCCCGGUGCUCAUACGGAGGCACAAGCAAAGGCACAGGCAGAGCAGACGGUGCUGCGUCCAGCAACAAAUAAGACUCGCUCGGCGUUAGCGUUGACGUCGUUACAUAAGCUUAAGAGCAGCAUAUCUCCUCCAUCCAUAGACGCUUCAAUUUCGAGGCUAACAAUAGCAACAGUAGCUGCAGCAAAAACAAGAACAACGAAUCUGUUGAAGGGCUCCUGUAAAGAAGCAGCAACAGAAGCAGGCAAAACUGUAGGAAUCUGCUGUAGGAAUCCGCCGUUGCCACUGAUCGUUGCAGGAUCAGCCAUUGGCAGUUGCCACUGCAUAGCAUCGAUAGCAACUUAAGAGCCACUAUCACCAUCACCCACAACAACAAACAGAUAAAUAAUCAGACAACAUUAGCAACAGCAAACAAUUCCACACACUUAGCAGCAAAACGUUCCAUACAACAAUCAACACACAACAUCAAACAACAACAGCCACAGCCACAAAAUGUCGAAACUAUCGUUUAGGGCACGUCACUUGGAUCCGUCCAAGCAGAUGCCCAUCUACUUGGCGGAGGAGCUGCCCGAUUUGCCAGAGUAUUCGGCCAUCAAUCGCGCUGUGCCACAAAUGCCUAGCGGCAUGGAAAAAGAGGAAGAGUCGGAGCAUCAUCUGCAGCGCGCCAUUUGCACUGGACUAAUCAUACCCACGCCCGAGGUUCUGCAAACGGAUCAGCCGUUCUAUGAUGCCUAUUAUCCGCCGGACUACAAAAUGCCCCGCCAAAUGAUACACAUGCAGCCCCUGGGCUUGGACACGGAGGUGCCGGACUAUGACAUGGACAGCGCGGACGAUGACUGGCUGAACCAGCAGCAGCGCCUGCAGCUAACCGAGCUGAGAUUCGAACAAAUGAUGGAUCGGCUGGAAAAGAGCUCCGGGCAAACGGUCGUUACACUCAACGAGGCCAAAACGUUGCUGAAUCAGGACGACGAGACUAGCAUAUCUGUGUACGACUAUUGGCUGAACAAGCGCCUCAAGAUGCAACAUCCGCUGAUACUUACCGUCAAGACGGAGAGCCGACCGGGGGCCAGCUCCAAUAAUCCCUACCUGGCGUUUCGACGGCGCACUGAGAAAAUGCAAACACGAAAGAAUCGCAAAAACGACGAAGCCUCCUACGAGAAGAUGCUUAAGCUGCGACGCGACCUGCAACGCGCCACAACUAUACUGGAGAUGGUGCGGCGGCGUGAGGAGACAAAGCGUGAUCACCUCAAGAUGACGGUCAAUAUCUUUGAGAAACGCGUUGAAAUGCGCGACUUCAACGGUGCAGUCUACUCGGAGCUCAAUGCCCAAUACAAGAACUCGAGACCCGUGUACAAUUCCUUGUAUACGAAUCAAUACUCACAAGGCGCCACGGCAGCUGGCACAACAGCUACGGGUGCUCUGAUGGCCAGCGGUGGGGUGCUGACUCCGGGCAUUUUGGCAGCGGGAAGCAACAGCAACACGGGAGUCUAUGCGCAGGCGUCGCAGUACCUGAACACAUCGAGUCUGACAAUGGAGGGCAUCAGUGCUGGCAGUGGCAACGGGAGCAGCAGUCGAAAGGAGAAACGGCCGUACAAGAAGCGCAAACACAAACUUCCGCGGGAGAAGCAACUGCAGCAGCAGCAACAUCAGCAGCAGCAACAACAACAGCAGCAGCAACAACAGUAUUUGCCAGGUCUGGGCCUGGCGUCGUCAGCUUCGGGCGUUUCGCCUGCGCAUCUGUCCCAUCUGCAUCACCUGCAUCGCCAGAGCGCUUCACCGGCGGCCAACGAGUCGAUUGUGGACAGCGAGGAGGAGGACUACCUCGGUGUCGGCGCCCAAAAUGGCAACAAGCUGGGUUCCGAGAGCGAGGAGGAGGCGCCGUUUGCAUUUAGACGCAGGCCGAGGUGUAACUACCUGCGGACGCGUGGAGCUGACGAAGGCCGCUGGCCUUGGGAAUCGCCCCCUGAGAACGCUGAGGAAGAGGCGCCGCCAGGUGCGGCCGUUGGGGCUGAGGCUAAAUACCGCUAUACGUUAACAUCGAUCAACUAUUUCAGGCCACGCUGUAUAGGCUUUGCACGCCGGCGUCUGGGGCGCGGCGGACGCGUGCUGCUUGACCGGGCCAGUAGUCGUUAUGACGACCUGUGGUCGCAGUUCGACUAUACGGUGAUGGACAGCGUGGUGAAGAGCGACAAGCCUCUGAAGCACCAGCAUAAACAGCAACUGUCCAAGCCCAGCUCCCCGCCCACCGUAGUUGAUCUGCCUACGUGCAAGGAGUCAACCGCGGACGCAAUUGCAGCACCCGAGGCGGCGCUCCCCAAGGUUGAGCCGGCCAGUGAACAGGUGCUGCCCAAAGAGGAGGAAGACGAUGAGGGAGAGGAUGAGCUGUGCACCGAGGAUGAGAACGUCUCGCGCCUAAGCGUCUACAGCUCGGCGGUGACGCUGGAGCAAAGUCCCUACGAGAUGCGCAUGAAGCGUCGCCGGUUGCAUCGCAAGAAACAGCAACUGCGCGAACUCAAUGCCGCAAAGCGUCUCAAGAGCGCAGCCAUUGAAAGCGAAGACGGCGUGAGCAUGGAUGAUGGCAUGCCGCGGCUGCGUCCACUGCCCCGGGCGUAUUUGCAACGUUUGGCGCAGGCCCUGCAUUCGUCGUCUCAAAGGCAGGCGGAAGAGUCGGCGGAUGCGCAUGCUGUGAGUUUGGAGAAGCAGCCUCAGCAAGAGCUGGAGCUGAAGCAGGAGAACUGCGAUGAGCUAAUAGAGCAGUCACGCCACGCUAAUCAUCAGCACCACCGUUCCAAUAAUAAUAACAACAACAACAACACCGUGUUUAAUAACAACAACAAUAGUAGUAGUAGUAGUAGUAAUAUGAAUAAGAAUGUUAGCAUUAGCGAAAAAUUCAAUGUGAUAAAAGUGGAGGAAGCGGAUGCGGACGGAGAUGAUGGGACAACUCUGAAUGAGCAGCCGGUGGCCUCUACCUCGGCAGCGGCAGCUGCGGCACGCGCAGCCGAAGCGGCAGCUGCAGCAACAACAACAACAACAACAACAACUGCAAUUGGAUCUGCAAAUGCAACAGUCGAGGAGGUAGCAAGGACGAUAAAGCGCGAACUGAUCGAUGCAGAUGACUCUAACGAGCCGUUGAGCAGCAUACGCACAGCGGCGUCCAUGCAAAAUCAGCAGCAGCAGGAAUUGAUGGACGACGAUGAGGCCGAAGAUGACGUAAAUCUGGCACAGCUUAGCAGCAUAAUACGGCACACAGCGGUUAAAAAGGAGCUGCAGGCCCAACAGCAGCAACAGCAGAAAAGGCAGAAGCAGGAGGAGAAACAACAGCAGGAGAGCCAGACACGUUGUUUCAACCAGAUGCCCGAUGUCAUACGCCUGCACAACAAGCAACUGUACAUUGAUGCUGGAGGAGAUGCGACCGCGGCGCCAACGGAGGACGACAACGAGUCGUAUGACUAUAUGGGCGGCUUGUCGCCCACGUCUAGCCAGCGGCUAGACAUCUGCAAUGAGCUGCUGUCGGAGAUCAGGCGAGACUGGCUGCACUUCCGGCCGAAGACGCCCACGGACGAGUUGUCGGACAGCAACCCAGGGGACGAGGGCAGCGGUAACGGCAAAGUUUGCGACAGCGCAGUCGUAGACUGGACACAGGAUACGCCCAUUAGCCUUGAGUUUGGUCUUUUGGGCAAGUGCAGCGACAACGACGACGACGCCGCAACCGACGCGCACUUCAUGAGCAGCGCCUUCAAGUACACGGAUCUCGAUGCGGAUGUGCAACUGCUGCAGACUGCCUACGGGCUGGACUACGCGCGCGACAGUAGCAAUAGAAGUCCCGACAACACUAACGGCGACUGCUCUGACUCUGGCUCGGGCUCGUGUUCCGGUUCUGCGCUGGAAUUCAAUCUCAGCGGCGGUGAUUCACUCAACGACAUCAACAAUCUGUUGGGCGAUGAGCACAUGCUGGUCAACAUAUUGCAGGAGUGCAGCGCAGAUGACCCCAAGGCGCUCAAUCAGGCUACCAGCUUCUGGAACGGCAUUCUUGACGGCGAAGCGGCUGUCGACGAGGUUGAGAACGCCGACAAUUUGCUCGACUGCAAAACGGCGCCCGUCUCCGACUUGAAGCGCACUGCGCGCAGUCGUGCUCACGAACGAGGCCCAUCUGCGCCGCUGGGCAGUUCCAGUUUCACAACGGCCGAACACCAGUCGUCCUUCUUUUGCCAGGCACCGCCCGUCAAGCAAGAGCCGCCGCCAACAUUGCCAGACACCGUGCCGUCGGAGAUCACGUUGCCCAUCAAGCUGGAGCCAGCGGAGGCGGCACCCACACCGCCGACGCUGCUGGCACAUGCAGCGGCACUUACCUUAACGACACCUACGCCGCCCGCCAUUGUAGCGCCAGCAGUUCCAGCUCCAGCUCCAGCUCCUGCAGUGCCAGCACCAGCGCCCACACCAGCUCCAGCACCAUUAGUUGCCAGCACUGCAGCAACGCAUCUGCUUAACAUACCCGCCCAAAUCACAACGCAGCAUCAACAACAACAACAGCAACAGCAGCAGCAGCAGCAGCAACUGCCUCAGCAGCCGAAGCCUACGCAGGUAGCUGUGACGCAGCAGCUGCUGAAUCAGUUUGCGGCCACCGCGGCGCCAGCUGCCACACAGCUGAUUGCGAGGACAGAGUUCGUGAGCAGCGGCACGGCCGUGGGUGACAUUGUGACCAUAACGCCGCAUACGGGCAGCAGUCCGUUGCCGACGUUGCCUACCUUGACGCCGCAGCAGCAGCAGUUGCAGCAUCAGCUGGCGCAGGCGCAGCUACGCAAUGUCACCGUGCAGCAAAGACAGGCGACACCCCAGCAGCAGCAACAGCAGCAGGUGCAGCAGCAGCAGGUGGUGCAGCAACAGCAGCCCCAACAACAACAACAACAGCUGCUGUUCCAAAUGCAGCGUGACAUUGGCGGCUCGCCGGCCGUAAUCUCUUCGCAGAGCAUUGUGACUUCGCGCAGCGGCAAUCAUAUGAUAUACACGACAAGCAGCGGCGAGAUUAUGACUGCGGCGGCACAGGUGGGUGCCCAGAAGGUGACAUAUGCCAUACAGAAGAGCAGCGGUGGUAGCAGCGCCUCCAUUGGACCCAACACUGUCAUCACGCUGUCCAACGUCAAGCUGCAGAACGAUGACAGCUCUUCGUCCUCGUCGGCCAACUCGAGCGUUAAUAUCAUCAACACCGCCAGCGGACAGCAGCUGGCUGUGCACAGCAUUUCUGGCAUUCAGCAACAGCAGCAGCAGCUCCAGCAGCAGACAACAACAAGCACGCCUCUGAUUGUGGCCACGCCCACGCGCAACAACGCCCACCAGCAACAGCAGCAGCAACUCGUGUCGCAACAGCAGCAGCAGCAGCCAAUUGUUUGGCGUCAGGUGAGUGGCACCAACACAGCGGUGGCCACGACGGCGGUGCUCUCGAGCACCACAUCGGAGUCGCCAACGGCCGUGGGCAACAAGAUUCUGUGGACGAGCCGCACCACACAGAAGCGGCAGCUAAACGGACCCGAAAACACAGAUAUUAACAAGCUGUUGUUGAAUCGUAAGUUCUCGCAGCGCAAGGUGGGUCAGCAGGUGGCGCAGCAGCAGAUCCAGCUAACGAAGCAGCAGCUGCAGCAGUUGGUGCAGCAGGAGGAUGAGCUGGUGGCUAGCGGAGCUGGCGAGCAGCUCACCCUGCAGGAGGGCGGCGAUGCACUGCAACAACAACAGCAUCUACAACAGCAGCAGCAGCAACAACAACAUCAGCAGCUGCAAAAGAUCAGCAAGGUGAUCAAAAUGGCUCAGUUUCCGCUGCUUGUGUCGGACCUAAACCUGCAGCAGCAGACGGGUCAGCAGCAACAGCAGCAGAAGCCCAAUUCGGCAGCGGCCAUUGCGGCCAAUCACAACUAUAGUCUGCAGCCGGCGACGGCCAUAAUCACCUCACAGGCGGCGCCACAGCAGGCCAACAAGAUCUUCCUGACGAGCAACAGCAGCGGCGGCAGCGGCGGCAACUUCACCAUUGCCACGGCCAGCGAGCUGCAGGCAGCGGUGGCUGCCAGCAACGCGGGCCAGCAGAAGCUACACUACAAGGAGCUGCCCAAUGCCAAUGUCAAGCUGAACUUUGUGAGCAGCGCCACAACAGCGAAUGCCGCUGAUACGCUGGUCAGCCAGACGUCGCAGCAGUUGGGCUCCACUACGGUCGUGUUGAACAAGACGGGCGCACCGCUGCCCGCCGGAAUCCAACAGCAUCAGCAGCAGCACCAGAAACUCAAGACGAGCGGUGGUCAGGUGCAGGUGCCGGUCUCAACGGGCGACAAACGCGUGCUCUACACCAGCCUGUUGAAUGUGAAACCCUUGCAGAAGAACAACAGCGGCCAAAUGCAGAUGCAGCUUGGACCCGCCGGACUGCAGCAGGUGCUGCGCGGCCGUCUUAACAACUCGGCCAUUCUGACGCGAACCCUGCCGCUGGGCACCACCGUUAACAGCACUGGCGGCGGCGGAGGAGGCACUCCGACCACUAUUCGACAGCUGGUCACCAGCAAUGCUAACAAUGUGGGCAAUGCGGACGGUAUUGCCAAGGAGGUGGGCAAGGUGCACGUGACCGUCGAGCAGGUGAUUGCCAAUGCCAACAAUGGCGGCGUUGUGCUGCCCACCAACACCAAUAACAACAACAAUAACAGCAACAGCAACAAUAACAACAACAACAACAGCAGCAGCAACAAUGCGAAUAGCAGCAGCAACAACAACGGCAGCGGAACAGGAGGAGGCGGAGUGAAUGCAACAACGGGCAACGUGAACGCAACGCCGACAAUCAACAGAUGAGACGUGGACACC